CUCUGAGGGCUAACAAAAACAGUCGCCGAACACAUGAGAUUACCCGAUGCGAUGCAGAAAGUUGCUUUAUAAUUCAAGUUUUUUGUGCUUUUGGCCCAUAAAUUAUUAGGCCUAGUCUGUGUUUGGCAGGCUAAAUACAUACAGGCCUACCUUUGAACUUUGAAAAAUGGCUACCAUGUACAGAUCACCUCUAGGUAGCCUUGUUCCUGGAACCCAAGGGACACCGAAUGGAAGAACACGUCGGUCAUGGUUUUACGGAACACCCCACAAGGAGGAAGAGAGACAAGAAGAUGUUCCUAUUCUGAAACUGACUUACUUCACUAAAAAGGUGAUGCUUUGCUUUGAUGAUGUUCUAAUUGGGAAGGUGAAGACACGUUAUCUUCGUAUUGAGAAUCCAUGCGACUUCAUUCAGACUGUCUACCUUGAGAAGUUUCCAUUUGACAAAGGAUUUAAUGUGACUGAAAGAGAAUGGACAUUGCAAGGUGAAGGACAUCUGCUCCUGCCAAUUACAUGGUGUCCUAUUAAAGAUGGUAAUGUUAGAGAACUUGUAACAUUUAAGUUUGAAGGAAUGCACCGGCUGCAAAUAAUAUUGCUUGGAACAGCUAAGCCUGCAAAAUUGAAGAAGCAGCGACGAACACUGGGAUCAAUCCAGCCGUCUAAAAGAUCAACAUUAAAAAAGGUUCAUGAAACAAAACUUCGGCCAUCAAAACCACCGUGGCAAGAAGUUGGGGUUGAAAAUGUUGACCCUGCCUGCAAAACCAAUUAUGUGAAGAGGAAAAGUGAUUGUAAAAAAAACAAAAAUUCUACAAGGAAUUCUCUGGAUCUUGAUAUAAAGGCAGAAUUUCAUGCAAAUUUUCAAAAAGAUGAAGGCUUGAAAGCUAAUGGUGUGACAGAGGUACCUGUUGGAAGGUCACCAGUUCAUGCUGGUGUGGUAGGUGUAUCUGCUAAAAGUUCAUCAGUUCAUACUGGUGUGACAGAUGUAUGUGUUGCAAGCUCAUCAGUUCAUGCUGGUGUGGCAGUUGUAUCUGCUGAAAGUUCACCAAUUCAUGCUGGUGUGACAGAUGUAUCUGUUGGAAGCUCACCAGUUCAUGUUGCUGUGGCAGAUGUAUCUGCUGAAAUUUCACCACUUUAUGAUGAGUUUGAGCAUGGCAGCACCUUACCAACUGAAAUGUUGACAAUUCCGACCAACAUUAAAAGAGAAACCGUUGUCCUGAGUGACCUACCGUGCUCCCCAGCGGUUGCACUUAACCUACCCGAUGUCUCAGAUUCAGAUACAACUUAUGUGGUCUCAGAGAUGCGAGUUAAUGAAUCUAUUCAGUGUGAAAGGUCACCAACCCCUACACAAAUUGACUGCCAAGAGGAGCAGGUAAAAGAUAAUGAUUUGAGAUUUACAUCAUCUACAGUUACUAAAAGUAAACAGGUGGGCAGUAAAACUGAAUCAUGUGUUAACAGUGCAAGGAUGCUACCCUUUAGCUCAAUGCAAGAUGAUGAAAAAACAAGUCAUUGUUCUUUGGAAUGGAUUGCAUUAAACAACAAAAAAGACAGUUCCAUGAAAGUAGAUUCAAAGAAGAAAAGUUCGACAAAGACACCACAUACAUCAAACGUAAUUCCUUUGCAGAGACGUAGCAUAGCUCCAAAAGUAACGAGCAAGCGGACACGGGAUGAAAGUACAGAAAGUAAAAAGAGAGUGAAAAAGUCUGAAGUGUCUAUCCCACGGCAAAAGAUAGCAUUAAAGCCCAAAAAAUCUGAUAAAAAGUCGUAUAAAGUGAAGACAGCAAUGAAGGGAGUCGCAAUGUCCCAUCUAAAGCUGAGCAAGGGCAAGGCAACAGCUAUCCCACGCCAUCCAAUGCCAUUUGCUGCAAAGAAUAUGUUCUAUGAUGAGCGUUGGAUUGAGAAACAAGAAUGUGGUUUUGUCAAAUGGUUGAACUAUAUAUUGACUCCAGAUGACUAUUCUUCAGAUCCCAAGUGCAAGUCUACCAAAGUUGAUGCUGCCAAGCUUUUCAUGUCUGCAAGUAAUACCUGCAAUGCAGGUGCACCAAGUAAGGAAGUCUUGUCUUUAAGAGCGUACUCGGCAAAACGUCGCAUGUCCAGCCUACGUCGUGGAGCUUGUUCAUUGUUCCAGAGUGAACCGGUCAUAAGGGUCAUCCAGAAGAUUGAGUCAGAGGUUGAAAGAGGCGGUUUGGAAAUUCGAAAAGAUAAACAUGUGCAUGCCGAUUAUGGUAUCAAACAGAACUUUCUGAACAUGAUGCUAUCUUACAAUCCGUUGUGGUUGCGAAUUGGCCUUGAGACAAUCUAUGGAGAAAUGUUACCAAUUGAGAACAAUGCUGACAUGGUUGGUUUGUCGCGGUUCAUCGUCACUAGAAUGCUGAGUAAUCCUGAUAUCGCUGCCCAAUAUGCCCAUCCUACAGUGCCAGCCCUGUUUAAGCAAGGGUAUGAGGAUUGCCUGAACAAGUUUAUUUUGAAGAAGUUUCUAAUGCUGGUGUUUUUCUUGGACCGUGCCAAGCUAACCCGUCUCAUUGACCACAAUCCUUGUCUAUUUUGCAAGGAUGCAGAGUUCAAGUCAAGCCGUAUGCUUCUUUUGUCAUUUUCCCGGGAAUAUCUAAAAGGUGAAGGUGAUGUGACCCGACAUCUGAGUUUCCUUGGCUACUGUGUCACUCAUAAACAAACACCUUUGGAUGAGUUUGACUUUGCAGUGACAAACAUUGCAACAGACUUAAGAUGUGGUGUCAGGCUUGCUCGAAUUGUUGAGCUUUUAUUGAGAGAUUGGAAGUUGUUGCAUGAACUUCGCGUACCUGCAAUCAGCCGUUUACAGAAGAUUCAUAACAUGGAAGUAGCCUUCAAAGCCAUCAAGAAGAACUUUCCAACAAUUGAAGGGUCUGCUGUGGAUCCAAAAGCCAUCGUUGAUGGUCAUCGAGAAAAAACUCUGAAGUUACUGUGGACAAUCAUCUUUCACCUUCAGGUGGGAUCACUUCUCAACAAAGAACAACUGAAAAAUGAGAUAUCUUUUCUCAAGAGGAACAAGCUUGUGCAUGUCAGUCUUGCAUCAAUACAGUCACAUGGAGGUUCUGAUAGACCUGUCACCAAUCUGAAUGAAUCUGAUGUGAAUUUCAAAAAUGAGGAACUGAGCUUAUUGUUUCAGUGGUGUAAAGCUGUGUGUUCAAUAUACAACCUACAGAUAGAUAAUUUCACUGUAUCAUUUUCUGAUGGGCGUGCAUUAUGUUACCUUGUACACCAUUACAAUCCUACAUUACUGCCAUUUGAUAAAGUCCAGCAAGCUACAACGCAACAACAGUGGCAACAAUCUGGACAUCAGUCGGAUGGUGAUGAUAGCUUUGAUGGUACAUGGAAAAAUACAUUCAACCCAAGUACUGAUCAAAAUAGUGACUUUGAGAAGCUGUUGGAAAAUGAAAGAGCCAACUAUAAACUGCUUUUUGAUAAAGUAAAGGAACUUGGAGGUGUGCCAUUGAUGAUUAAGUGCAAAGACAUGACUAACACAAUACCUGAUGAGAAGGUUGUGAUCACAUACGUAACAUACCUGUGUGUCCGUCUGCUGGAUCUUCAUCAUGAGUCUUGCUCGGCUCGUGUUAUCCAGUCUGCAUGGAGAUUGUACAAAAUUCGAAAAUCUGUUCGUCUUAGCAAAUUAAAAGAGACUUCAGUUGUGGUUAUACAGAGAGCUGCACGCAGAUACCUCAGAAAUGUACAGAACAAGAAAACAGCUGAGGCUGUAGUUAAGAUUCAGACCUGGUACCGAUGUAUUCUAGCAAAGAAAACAUUGUGCAAUUUAAGACAAGCACAACUGAUGAAAGAAAAAGAAGAGGCUGCCAAGAUCCUGCAGCACUGGUUCCGAUGUUACCGUACAAGGAAACAUUUUGUGCAACUAAGACAGGCAUCAGUAUUACUGCAGGCAGCUGUAAAAGGAUACCAGGCAAGAAAACACUUCAACAGUAUGAGAAAAGCAGCUGUGGUUGUGCAGACCAGAUACAGGUCAUUACAAUGUGCCAGGCAAACAAGACAGAGGUAUAUUUUGUACAGGACAGCAGUCGUUAACCUUCAGGCUGCCAUUAGAGGAAAUCUAGCUCGAAAGUUCACUAAACGUGUCAAAGCUGCCCGAAUAAUCCAAGCUGCAUGGAGAGCAUAUAAGGCUAAAUCUAGUUAUGUAGAGAUCUUAAAGGCUGCUAUAAAGAUCCAGGCUCUAUUCAGAGGAUAUAGAGCACGCACAUAUUUUAGGAAACUUAAAUCAGCUGCACUUGUUGUUCAAAGACGCUACCAUGCCAAUAAGAAGAUGCUGAUCCAGCAGAUGAUAUACGGUAUAACCAGGGGAGCAUGUAUAACUAUCCAAGCUGCUUUUAGAUCAUACCUCUGCCGAAAAAACUAUAAAAAUCUGAGAAGAAAAAUAAUCAGCAUGCAGUCAUUGGUUAGAAUGAAGAAAAUCCGAAAGGAAUUUCUUGAACGACGACAGGCAGCACUCACUAUACAGUGUCAAUUCAGAGCUUAUUCCCAGGGAUGCUCCGUUAGACAUGACUACAAUAAGCUGAAGUCAGCAGCAGUUAAAAUGCAGGCUAUUUUUAGAGCAAUAUUGGCUAGAAGACAAAUCAAUAAUCUAAAAGCUGCUAUCAAGUUGCAGGCAUUUUUCAAAAUGACUGUUGUUCGUAAUAAAUUUCUUCGACAGAAAGAAGCUGCUGUAAAGAUACAAAGCUAUUUUAGAAGGUAUUCCUAUCAAACAUCUUACCAAAAUCUGAGAUCAACAACUCUAUUUCUACAGAGAAAUUUCCGUAACAACAAAAAAGCCAAAGAUUGCCGAACUGUAUAUCAACAGAAAAGGCAGGCAGCUAUUGUGAUUCAGGCUUCAUACCGAGGGUUAGUUGUAAAACGUAACUACCUCAAAGUCCAGGAAUCUGUCAUAAAACUUCAGUCUUGCAUUCGUUGUAAGCAACAACAGAACCGGUUCUUCAAAUUGAAAAAUGCAGCUGUAAUCAUUCAAACAGCAUGGCGUAGCUAUCAGCUUGCGUACAAAAUAUUUCAAAAUUAUCAGCAAAAGAAGAAGGCCAUCAUUGUUAUCCAGUCAACUUUCAGGGGUUAUAUCUUAAGAAAGCAGAUGAUGGAACGUAACAGAGCUGCUGUGUACAUUCAAAAUUGCUACAGGACCUAUAAAGCUAGGUCCUCUUAUGUGAUGUUAUGUAUGGCAACAAAAACAUUGCAGAGAAAAUGGAGAGCAUUCAUUAUGGGUAGAAGGCAGCGUAUUGCAUACAAAAAAACAAUAAGUGCAACUAUCAAGAUUCAGUCAGUCUACAGAGGUUAUCAGAGCAGGAAGCUCUUUCAGGCAAAGACGAAUGCAGCCAUCAUAAUCCAAUCUAUAUACCGAGGUUAUCAGAACAAGAAGAUGUUUCAGCAUAAGAAAAAAGCGGCCAUCUUGAUUCAGUCUGCAUACAGAGGCUACCGCAACAAGACAAGUUUUCAGGAGAAGAAAAAAGCAGCCAUCUUUAUUCAGUCUGCUUACCGUGGCUAUCAGAGCAGGAAGGUGUUUCUAGAGAAGAAGAAAGCAGUGACCAUGAUCCAAUCUGUUUACCGGGGAUAUCAAAUCCAAAAGUUUUUCCAAGCAAAGAAAAAAGCAGCCAUCUUAAUUCAGUUAGUCUACAGAGGGUAUCAAAAUAGGAAGGUGUUCCAAAUGAAGAAAAAUGCAGCCAUCUUGAUCCAAUCUGUAUAUAAAAGUCAUCAGUGCAGGAAGGUGUUCCUAAAGAAAAAGAAAGCAGCCACCUUAAUCCAGUCUAAUUUCAGAGGUUAUCAGAAACAAAAGUUGUUUCUGGAGAAGAAAAAAGCAGCCAUCAUGAUUCAAUCUGUUUACAGAGGUUAUCAGAGCUGGAAAGAUUUUCAAGAAAAGAAGAAAGCAGCUAUAUUGAUCCAGUCUGUUUACAGAGGUAAUCAUAGCAGGAGGGUGUUUCAUAAGAAGAAGAAAGCUGCCCUCUUGAUCCAGUCUUUCUACAGAGGUUAUCAGAACAGGAGGGUGUACCAAGAGAAGAAGAAAGCUGCAAUAUUGAUCCAGUCUUUCUACAGAGGUUAUCAUAGCAGAAUGCUUUUCAAAGAGCAAAAGAAAGCUGCCAUUUUGAUUCAGUCUGUUGUGAGAAAAUGGGUUGCUCAAAAAAGAUACAAUCAACUGAAACGAGCUGCAUUAACUCUACAGGUGUACUAUCGGGCUAAGAUGAUGAGAGACAUUUGUUUCGCUUCUUUCCAAAAGAAAAAGAAUGCAGCUGUACAGCUUCAGGCAUGUUUCAGGAGGCAUAUCGUUUCAAGAAAUUAUCAGCUAAAACUGAAAAGUGCGAUCAGAAUCCAAGCAUAUGUACGUGGCUUUAUACAGCGCAAAAAAUACCUGAGAUAUCGUAGUGCUGUUUUGUCAAUGCAAAGGCGUUACAGAGCUAAGGUGAAGGGAGAAUAUGACAGAUUUGUGUUUCAAUAUAAGAGAGGAGCAUGCAUUGUACUUCAGUCUCAAAUUCGAGGUUUUCUUGUACGUUCACAAAUGAAAAAAUUAAAUUACGCUGCUUGUUGUAUACAAGCUGCAUACAGAUGCCAUAGACAAGUUACCAGGUACAAAGAGAUACAGAAGUCGACAGCAGUGAUCCAGACACGCUGGAGAGCUGUCAUAGCAGGUCAAAAACAACGUAAAAUGUUUCUGCAUAUCAAAAGUGCGACAUGUUACCUUCAAAAAAUGGUUCGACGAUAUAUAGCAGCUCAGAUUACUAAGCGUCAAAAGUCAGCAACAGUUAUCCAGUCCUAUUAUAGGAUGUAUAAACAACGAAAAUGUUUCCAGAAGUUACACAGCUCUGUUAUUCUUUUGCAGGCAUAUUUCCGAUGUUAUCGUUCCAGACAGCAUUUCAUAAAAGUUAAGAAUGCUGUGAGUGUUCUACAGACUCAAUACAGGUCGUGGAAAGUCAUGAGAACCGCACAGAGGAAUUAUCAAUGCACGAGAGUUGCCACUAUAAAGAUGCAGGCUCUUUUUAGGUGCAACAGGGAAAGAAAACACUAUUUAAAACUUAAAUCUUGUGUUGUUUCAAUGCAAACUAACAUAAGGUGCAAGAGAGUAAGAAAGCAGUUCCUUCAGCUUAAGCAGAGUGUCAUUUACCUUCAAGGAAAAUACAGAUCUUUGGUGAAAUGCCGUCAGGAUUAUAUAGACUAUCAUUAUAAACGUGGAGCAACAAUUGUUAUUCAGGCAGCUUUUAGAGGUUAUAUUGUGCGUAAACAGUAUCAAUCAAUAUUAAAGGCUACUUUUAAACUACAGGCUGCAACUCGAAAAUACAUUCAGCAGAAACGAUAUCAAGACAUGAGAAAUGCUGUAGCCUGUCUUCAGCUAUACUUCAGGGCUUACAGGAAAGGAAAGGUGCAACGCAGAAUAUAUCGUCUAAAAAAGUUGUCAGCCAUAACUAUACAACGUACCUACAGGCGGUAUGCAUGCAGGAAAUUGGAGAAGAGGAUGAAGGCAGCAGUCACCAUACAGGCUUUUUACAGAUGCUACAAACAGCGACAGAGGUUUAUUCAGUUACAAACUUCAGCUAUGCGAAUUCAAGGAUAUUUCAGAUGCUGGCAGACACGGAAAAACUUUUUGAAGAUGAAAGCUGCAGCACAAGUGAUUCAACAGCGUUACAAAUCAUUGCUAGUAUCAAGAGAAUGCCAUAAUAGAUAUAAGUGCAUGCUAAGUGGUUUCACAAAACUUCAGGCUGUAUUUCGUGGUCGGCAAAUACGUAAAGAUCUCUGUCGUCAGCAUGCUGCAACAUGCAUCCAAGCAUGGUUCCGAAUGUAUGUUGCGAGAAAAUUCUGGCUAGGAUUUCGCUGUAAUGUCAUCCACUUACAAGCUCUUACUAGAGGUUGGCAAGCAAGGAAACAGUUCAAAAUGACCUUGAAGCAACAUAGAGCUGCAUCAUAUUUGCAGAAAACAUUUAAGAACUAUAUUGCUUUGAAGCGUAUCAAGGAAGCAGAGAAACUCAGGGAAGCAUGUAUUCACCGUUUUGCAGCUGCUGUAUAUAUUAACUUGGCAGCUAUUCGUCUACAGAGGAGAUACAGGUGUUUCAGAGCUCUGAAACUUGCCAGACAAAGACUGCAUUCUCUAAUCACCAUUCAGAGGUGGAUGAAAUCAAGAUUACAGCGUAUUCAUUAUUUGAAGUUGCGUAGAGGCAUGGUGGCCCUUCAGAAAGCAGUACGUGCACAUCAGCAAAGACGUUGUAAAGCUGCUAUUAUCUUGCAGUCUUACAUAAGAAUGUACCUACUAAAAAAACAAAUCAAGAACAUAAAUAUGGCAGCUCUUUAUAUUCAGACCAUAUGGCGUGGUUAUUGUGUCCGAAAGAAAAUGAAGAGCAAGAAGCUAAAGUUGAUUCGUGGACGAUGUAUAGCUGCUAACAAGGAAGCAACUGAGGAAAAGAAACUUUGCAAUCGUACUGAAAUAGCGCUUGAUUAUAUAAUGAGGUACAAGCAAGUGUCGCACAUCCUUGAGGCUUUGCGAAAUCUAGGCUACAAACAAGAUUUUUACAACAAGACCUGUGAAGCGGUGUAUGAAAUACCAGAUUGUAUUGGCUUCUUGGUUGAGCUGAUUCAGAUGUACCGUGAGAAGUCCAAGCUCUUUGUCAGCAUUUGCAAUCUACUUGCAGUGUUUUGCCACAAUCCUCAGUAUGCUCAGGACAUCCGACGUCAGCCAAGAGUUGCAGAGAAGAUUCAGAGCAUUCACCUACUGACUAGUAGAAAACACAAACUAGCAGUGCAGCGAAACAUCGCCAAAAACCGCAGUUUGAAUGCUUCUGCUCUAACCAUCAGCAAUAGUUCAUUUGCAUCUUCUUUCAUUUUCAACACGCCUUGUAAACGAAAGCAAUUCUCACCCGAUUGGGAUUUGACGGGUAAACCAGGUAGAUCGGUGGAGGAUCCAAUGUCAGUGAUCGAAUUGUUGAUGAAACUCUUACAAUUGAAACCGAAAUAAAUGAAACAAUAAGAUACAAAAUUGUUGACUUCAUGUGGAUAGAGAAUAAAAUAAAACAAAUAUUUGUACAUAUGAUUUUUAUGAUUAGUGUGGGUAGCCAUCUUAGUCAAUAUAUUUACCGUAGUGUUAUACAAUAAUUAAAUUUAAUGACCAGCACUUUACAGACUUGCUAUUAAAGGAAGACUGUACAAACAGGAUUAAGUCAUUGGAUGAUGGAUGCCUCAAUUAGCAACAUUAAGUAAUAAGAAUUACUAGUGUCAUGCAAACUUGGAAUCAACAGGUGAAACAUUGCCAACCUACCAUUUUGUAGCAGUCCCUGAGUCCAUGUUAAUGAAAAAGAUACAGUAGUUGUAUAUUGAAUAAUUGAAAAGUAGAACUAGGUCUGGUGUACCAUAUUUUUAAAGAAAAUGCAAAGAUAAUGCAUUGCUAUUAUUGUCAGUUUAUAUAGUAUUGCCUUUUUUUACAAUGUAUUGUUACUGAAUAUGCUAACACUGAAUAAGACUAACACUAUUUAGAGAGAUUGCAGAACACAAUUUCUAUUGUUUGUAAUUUCUGGUUACCGUAAAUGCUCGAAUAAGCGCCGCACCAAACCUGAUUUUUUUUUGCCAAGUGCCACUCUCGCAUAAGCACCGCAGCGCUUAAUCAAUAAUGUAUAUGUGAAGAAUGUGUUUUUUUUUUUCUUUUUACCAUAUUUAUAGAGGAUGACCCUUCCAGCGUAUGCUAGAAAGUCGGCUGACAUUCAGGGGCCCUCUUUAAAGAAAUUAAUUAGUGUGAUGUCUUUUAUCAGUGAAGUUUCUUUUUGAGGCUUUGGGAGUGGAGUUGUUUUUAGUCGUGAGGAAAAAGUCCUGCUGUAGCAGGAAUUGAACCCUGGACCCUGGGUAUACAAGGCAACCAUCUUAACCACUAAGCUAUUCAACUCCACUAAUGAAACACUUUGAGAAACAGGGUUUUAAAUACAAUGUAUACAGCGUUCAAAUGAAUAAGUAACUCAAUGAAGACACAAGCAUUUCUUUAUAAACAUUUAUUUUCAAUGACGUACGACCUAUGACUACUGAACUACCAGAAUAUGUGAGAUAAGUAUCAUGGGAACAGGUAUGAAAAAGCACCACGCCAAUAUUUUAUAAACACCGCUCUGAAGCCUCCAAAAGUUGUAUAAGCGUUGCUGCGCUUAUUCAAGCAUUUAUGGUAUUGCAUAGAUUGUAAAUCACCUACUGUAAUGUAAUUGGUUUUAGAUUAUAUAAUCAGAAAAAUGGAUCGUGCCACAUAUGAUGUGCUGACAUUUGUUUGCUGAGUGAAUUGCAUAUAAUAAAUGAUUGUUUAGUUAAACCCCACCAUAACAUA